AUGCCUCAAAGCGACACGGUCCAGGCCGACGCGCGCCGGUUCCUCGACGAGCGCGGGUCGACGGCGGCCCUGGCCCCCAACGGCCUCAACCCGGCGACCAUAAUGGAAAAGGCCGUCAAGGACCGCAUCGUCGAGUCCUACUUCUACAAGGAGCAGUGCUUCGCCCUCAACGAGGCCGACAUCGUCGACCGCGUCGUCGAGCACGUCCGCUUCGUGGGCGGCACGCACGGCGACGCCCAGAAGCCCAGCCCCUUCCUGUGCCUGGCCUUCAAGCUCCUCGAGCUGGGGCCCUCCGAGGCCGUGGUGCGCGAGUACCUGUCCUACGGCGGCGAGCACUUCAAGUACCUGCGCGCCCUGGCCUGCUUCUACUACCGCCUGACGCGGAGGGCGGCCGACGUGCACCGCGCGCUGGAGCCCUUCCUCGGGGACCGGCGCAAGCUGCGCACGCGGGGGAGGCGCGGCGCGGCGCUGACCUACGUGGACGAGUUUGUUGAUGGUCUGCUGACCCGCGAGAGGGUCUGCGCGACGAGCUUGUGGAAGAUGCCGCCGCGGGAGGUGCUCGAGGACCUGGACGAGCUGGAGCCCAGGGUUAGUCCGCUGGGCGACUUGGAGGAUAUUCUGGACGAGGAGGACGAGGGCGAGGGCGAGGGCGAGGAGGGGCCACGGGAUGAGGACGCUGAGGAGGGCGAGGUUGGAGGCGAUAUGGAUGUGGACAGGGAGGAAGGGGGGUUGAGUAGGUCUGGGUCGAGGUCGCCUUGA